AUGUCAUCAGAGGAGCUGCAGGAGUUUGUGCGUUUUGUGCCGGAGGUAAAAGAAGCAAACGCGUUGCUGCCGAUUGAGUGGCGUCACCGCAGUGCUUCUCUUGGUGCUGCACCCCAGACCUCUGCUGCUGCUGCUGCUGCUGCUGCUGCUGCUGCUGCUGCGGCGGCGGCGGCGGCGGCGGCAGGGGCGGCAGGGGCGGGAGGAGGAGGAGGAGGGAGUGCUGCUGCUGCUGCGGCUAGUGGUAGUAGUAGUGCUCCUGCUGCUGCUGCUGCUCCUGCUGCUGCUGCUGCUGCUGGUGGUGGUGGGGGUCAAGGGGUACAGGCAACGCAGAGUGUUGCUGCUGCAGCAGCUAGUGCUGCUGGGGAGGAGGGGGAGGGAGUGCUGCUGCUCCUGCGGCUAGUGGUAGUAGUAGUGCUCCUGCUGCUGCUGCUGCUCCUGCUGCUGCUGCUGCUGCUGGUGGUGGUGGUGGGGGUCAAGGGGUACAGGCAACGCAGAGUGUUGCUGCUGCAGCAGCUAGUGCUGCUGCUGCGAAUGCAGCAGUAUCAGCUCCUGCUCCUGCUGCUGCUGCGGGUGGUGCAGCAGCAGCACAGACACAGACAGGCACGCAGCAGCAGCAGCAACAACAGCAGCAGCAGCAACAGCAGCAGCAGCAGCAACUUGCUGCUGCUGCUGGUGGUCAGGGGAACGCCGGGGUGA